CGACUCUCAGCUGGGGGCUGCAGAAUCUCUGGAGCAGAGGAUCGAGAGACGACAGCUUUGUGUGGCAAGACGAGACGGAACCACUCGGGCGCGGGGACCGAUGUAUUUCUCUUCAUCUUCCUGUUUUUCUCUUUCCUCUGAUAACAGCGACCUCUGGACAAGCUGUGUCGAGCUCUGCCGCCUUUCCCCCCUUGUCCACGCGUGUAUUGCUCGGAUAACCGACCUCCUGUUCAACCAGGAAAGGCGAGGCGAAUCUCGUGGUUACCAUCUCGAAGAGAAUGGCCACAUUUUUCAUGCACACGUGUGCAGUACAGAUGCAUCGGUAUAGAAGGGCGCAUCCAGGACGUUUCUGCGUGUGCUGACGGCGACGGAUGCUGUGCAUAUCUGUCGGAAGUUGAGAUACUCCCAUUUGUCUGUGUGUAGACUGUCAACCUUCGGGCGUCUCUACGUAAAUGCCAGAGCGUUGUAGGCCUCGGAGGUGACUCUUUUCAGCUCUUUUGUCCACCUUUUGUGUGUAUUCUCCGUUGUGCUCAUUUGUCCUAAAACGCGAACCAGGCCGGGGAAGCUGAGCUACCGUCGUCAAUCCUGUCGUUCCCCGUGACUGAGGUUCUUCGGCAUCUUAAAGUGUCGUGUCAAUUCUUUUGGAGAAAGUGCUUUAGCUGACGGCUCAGAAUGCCUGAAUGAAUCAUUAAUCCCUGUUUCGAUAUCGAUGUCUUACAACCCCUCUUCUAUGUGUACUUACGCGUGAGCUUACGUGUCAACUUUUUAUGAGGACGUACGGCGCAUUAUGGAACAGGACAUCCGUACCUAUAUAUACAUAGAUGCGCAUCCGUUGUCAUAAACAUUUCCUGGCACAAACGUCGUUUUCGUAUUGGCUAAGGGAGACCUAGCCCCACAUCUUGGCAAGCCUUCUGUGUCUGUUGGCAGUUGGUGCAGCGAAGCAUUUUUUUUUGAUGCGUCCUUUCUCUUUUCCAUUUUAAAUUCGAGUCUUUCAUUGUCUCGACCUUCUCCCUUGAUCAUCACUCGAAGAACUCGAGAUGGACAGAAAACGAGGGGACAUUCGCGCUUUCUUCAAGCCAAAAGUGCCCCCUCCUUCGGCUUCGGCUGCAAAGGAGACGCGAAGGAGUGUUUCAACUCCAGAAGAUCCGGUGCCCUCGCAGGGGGCAGUGCGACCGGGGGGAUCCAAGCAGGAAGAGAAGAUUGUGAAUCCUGGGGAUUGGACGGGAAGAAAGGAACCCGUUGCACAGCAACCAGCAAAGCCGGUGCAGGCAACCGAUCCAGGAUACGAAAGGGCAGACGACGUCGCAAAUCAGCCAGUCCAACUCAGCUCACAUGGGGACUCGCCUGACAGGAUCCCCAAAACGAGUUCUAUGAGUCAGGGCCGAGGAAAGGGCGGCCGUCUGCGCCGAAUCGCAUCCUCUGAUGAUGAAGACUCCUCUCCUCGUCACUCCAGCUGUCUUCGGGCGGGCGCCCCGCCUCCAGGCAGCUCACUAGGGAAGAAAGUGUCUCCGGCUGUGGAAGUGAAAAGGAGACCUCAGAACGAGCGUGGCGAGCGAAGGGAGGAUGCGAAAAGUCGGUGCAAAAGCAAAGACGUAAAACAAAAGGCCGUGGAGGUUGUUGACGUGGACGAUUUCCUUUCUUCGUCAGUCGACAAAGCAGUUGAAAAAGUCCUCACGCGUCCGCCUCAAAAGCCGACGCAGAGCCUCCAGACGGAGGAAAUGGACGUCGAUGAAGAAGACGAAGAACAAGAAGAGAAGGCGAAAGAAAGAGGAGAGGAAGAAGCAAAACGCUCAUCUUGUCCCGGCAGACUCGACCGUGUCGCUUCGAGCCCAAAAGGAAAACGCCCAGCGAACACGACAAGUCAGUGGACGAAGCUGGUGAGGUCGAUGGAGCCCGAGCAGGUUCGGCAGAAGAGGAAGAAGAUGGAGGCCCGACAGAGUCCCGAAGUGCUCUCCAACAGUGAAGAGGAAAUGCAUGCGAGACCACGGAGGCCGAGGCAGAAAGACGACGAGGAAGAGGAGUACGUUGAAAGCAGUGAGGAAGACGAAGAAAGUGAAGACGAUGAUGCAGACGAGAGUGAAGAGGAGGACACCAACGGGAGCCUGAAGGCCAAAGGCCGGAGCAAAUCACACAAGGAAGUUCAGAACCCGCCCUCGACGGCGAUAGCGAGAAGUCCAACUGCGCCUUCUCCGUCUUCAGCGAGGAGCUGGCAGGCACAACAGCAGAAACCGGAAGCGAUGCCUGCCCCUGCCCAACUGUCUUCGACGGGAAAGCGCAUGUACACGUCGAAUUUAGAGGAAGGAAGCGAGCAAACGAGUACAUGCUCUCCCUCUCCCAACAGGAAGAAGCGCAAAGUCGAAGAAUCGGUCGUGCCUCUGACAAAAAAGGACAAGGAAGAAGGCUCGACAAAUCCACUCGCAGGCUCCACGUCCUGUUUCGCAGGGAAAACCUUUGUUUUCACGGGAGUCCUCGAUUCAAUGGCUCGAGAAGAGGCCGUUUCCGCAGUCGUAGGAAACGGCGGCCGCUGCACGUCUGCGGUCUCUGGGAGGACCGACUACCUCGUGGCAGGUGCCUUGUUGGAAGACGGCAGAGACGUGACAACUGGGUCGAAAUAUCGGAAGGCGCUCCAGUUGAUGCAUGACGGGAAGGGGAAGCAGAAAACGUCUCUCAAAAUUUUGCAUGAGCAGGAAUUUCUUGCAAUGCUGCCGGAGAACGCAGAGAAGAAGCCAACGUUGGAGGCGCGACAAUUGCAAGAAGAGACAAGCCGACUCGAGAGUGCAAAAACUGUCAAGUCCGAUGGAAGUGCUGAUGAACCGGAUAGGCACCACAGUGACGAAAACAGUGGCACUCUUCUGUGGGCAGAAAAAUACCGGCCGAAACGGGCAGACGACGUUGUAGGAAAUCGCGAACAUUUACGGACGCUGCAAACGUGGCUCGCAGACUGGGCCGACGUUUGUCUUCAUGGGAUUAAAAAGAAGCCUCCCCCCCGUAGCUCCGCUCCUUCCUUCUCACCGUAUGGGUUCGCCCCAACUAUCAACUUAAACGCUCGUGCCGCUCUGCUAAGUGGCCCUCCAGGCAUUGGGAAGACCACGGCGGCUCGCCUUGCGGCCGAAGCAGCAGGUUACGAUGUACUUGAAUACAAUGCGUCAGAUGCGCGCAACAAAGCACAUAUCGAAGAUAUUGGGAAUAUGACGUCGGGCGGUCUCACCCUUCACUCCUUUUUAGACCAGAAGAACGAGGCCUCGCGGGGAUCACCAGGACGAAACGCAAAACGACCCAUGGGCGCUUGCGUGCUCAUGGAUGAAGUCGAUGGCCUAAGUGGGGGAGAUCGCGGCGGCGCCCAGGCGAUAGUCAAGCUCAUCGAGACCAGCAAAUGUCCGAUCAUUUGCAUCUGUAAUGAUCGCAUGCACCCCAAGGUUCGAACCAUUGCAUCGAAGUGCCUGGAUCUGCGCUUCCACCCUCCUCAUAUGGCAGCGCUGAGGUCUCGAGUGGAGAAAAUCGCCGCUGCUGAGGACCUGUCCCUAGAUCCGCAGGCGGUUGACUAUCUUUGUGAAUCUGCAGGAGGAGAUCUUCGCCAGAUUCUUACCUCUCUCCAAAUGAUCGCCUACGAGACCAGGGAGAAGGCGAAAGAAAAAGACUGGAAAAGCCGGGAGGAGAAAGCAGACUUCAGCACCGGACUCAAAGAUGAGCAGGUUAUGCACGGCCCUUUUGAAUGCUGCAAGCAACUUCUGGACGCUCAUCAGUCUUCGAAACUUUCGCGUAGACAGAAACUCGACAAGUUUUUCAGCGACUACGAUUUAAUUCCUCUCCUCAUACAGGAAAAUUACUUGGAAGCGUUUCGCCAAGGAAUGCAAAGAGGCUCAUCACCCUCGGCAGAAAAGUUCUCCAGUCCUCACACAUUCUCCAUGACCAAGAAGACUUCCCUGUCGUCCGCUAGCUCACGUGUGGGGGUGUCAACGCAGCCAAAUGAUUGUUUCGUCAUCAAUCUUGUUGCUUCGGCUGCCUGCGACCUCGUUGAGGCAGAUAUUAUGAACAACGUACUACGAGUGAGCCAGCAGUGGGGAAUGCUUCCAGAUAUAGGCUUUCUUUGCUGCGUUUCUCUUCCUGCCAAAGUCGAGAAGGCACAAGGGUUUCUAGGUCGAGUCCAAUUUCCAUCUUGGCUGGGACGCAACAGCACUCAAACGAAGCAUAAGCGAUUGUUGACAGAACUGCUUCUUGUGCUUCUUAAUCAGCUGCAAUGUUGCAGCACGAGCAGUGGCCUCAAACUCUCUGGGUAUCUGGAUGCUCUAUACAGAAAGUGUGUAGGACCUCUCGUCCGCCUUAGUAAAGCUGACCCGAAAAUUGCGGUAGAGGCUGCCAUGCAAGCGAUGGCGGAGUAUUCUCUUACGCGCGGGAUGGUCGUCGACAAUCUGAACUCUCUUCGCCUCAAAAAUCAGGAGCGACUGUACGACUCAAUCGAGACCCGCGUGAAAAGCAGCUUCACGCGGAUGUGCAAUGCUGCAGCCAAGGCUUCCUCUGCGUUCAUUGUGGAAGCGAGAAAAGGCAGAAACGCCAAAGCCGCCGCUGCAGAGGAGGAGCGGCAGGACGGUGAACAAGAUAUGGAGGUGACCACAACAGGUGAAGACAACGUCGAUGCCGCAGACGAGGACGACGAUGAUCCUCUUCGCGAUAGCUUUAUUCUUUCGGCUGUUAAGGGGAAGAAGGAAAUGAAGGGCGCUGCAGGACGAAGCCAGAGAGGCGGCGGGCCGAGAUCCACACCAAGAGGAGAGAGCAAUGCUGCCCGCCGUGGCAAGAAAGUCCGGUCAAAGGCAGCGACCUGAGGAAAGCACGCUGGCAAACGGUCCAGUGGUUUGUAGUAGACUCCCAUAAUUUUAUGUCAGCGUCUGCGUCUCGCCUGUUUUCGUGUUGAUAUUCUUUCCAGGGGAGGUGAUCGAGAUGGCGUGUGGCCGAGGCACUUCGAGAGUUUCUCACUUUCUGUAUCAGAUAAUGGCUGCCGAUUGGCCGCUUGUUGUGGUGCGUACCCGAACACGUCGUUAAGUGCGGAAGUCUAGCUGGUCGUCUCCUUGUUGUAGAGUGGGGUGAGAGAUACACACCACCAAAUUGAAGUUCGUGGAGUGGAAAUGAACAGUCACUGCAGGGCGUGCCGUGGCGGCACUCUCAUGUUCAUCGCACAUUGAUCUUAGGAGUCAUGUCAACGAUUCUUCGCUUGAUCUACUUUUUGUCGAGCCGCGAGGGUCUGAAAGUUCCAGCUGCUCAAAGCUGCACUCGAGUUUUUGGCUUACGGUAUCACAAUGCAAGGCCUCAUCAUGUCUUGUCAUUUAUUGUACUCUAGUGGUGAACGUAAUAGAUGUACUCGAGUGCUGGCUGCACUACUGUUAUCCAUCUUUUGAUCGCUGCUGAAUCCAGAGUGAAGAAAAUCCGAUUUUCGCCAACAGCAUGGGGCUCCUUCAGUCUCAGUCCUGGUAAUCAAAAGUUCGCGUCAGUGUGCAAACUAAAGUUCCACCUGGCUAGCACAAUGAGGCAUGAAGCGGAACAGUAGUGCGAAGUCAUUAGAUUCAGGGGAGUUGGUGAGACACACAGCAGUUCGCGUUUCUGUGUGCAUUAAGUUUUGGAGGAAACGCGUAAUCGCGCACUGUCUUUCCUUGGGAGGACUUCGGCGACAGUAAUGAAACACCGGUCUCGGUAAUGCACAGUCAACACCCUGGCGGGGUCGCAACGAUUUUACCUGCUAUGUAGUUUCAACGGUGCAUACCAAAUGGUUUUUGUCUGCGUAACGGUAAAAUGU